GAGAAGUGUUGUUGCUGGUUUAGUGUUAGUGUUAUGGCACACCUGACCUUCCCCCACUAUAUAUCACACGCACACACCCUUCACUUGUCCUCCCCCUCACCAUAUUUCCUCCCCUCCUUGAACUGAAUCUUCCCCAAAGCAUCUCCCUUUCGCGUGGUGGGUGUAGUGAUCGGAUGGACAGCACGAGCUGCCUGCUGGACGACGCGAGCAGCGGCGCGUCCACGGGCAACAAGAACCCGGCGCCGGCUCCGGCUGCGGCGACCGGCGGCAAGCCGCUACAGCGCGUGGGCAGCGGCGCCAGCGCGGUGAUGGACGCGGCGGAGCCGGGCGCCGAGGCAGACUCCGGCUCGGGCGGCGCGGGGCGCGCCACCGGAGGCUGCGGCGUGGUCAGCGGGAACGGGAAGCUGCCGUCGUCCAAGUACAAGGGCGUGGUGCCGCAGCCCAACGGGCGGUGGGGCGCGCAGAUCUACGAGCGGCACCAGCGCGUGUGGCUCGGCACGUUCACGGGCGAGGCCGAGGCCGCGCGCGCCUACGACGUCGCCGCGCAGCGGUUCCGGGGACGCGACGCCGUCACCAACUUCCGCCCGCUGGCCGAGUCCGACCCGGAGGCCGCCGUGGAGCUCCGGUUCCUCGCGUCCCGGACCAAGGCCGAGGUCGUCGACAUGCUCCGCAAGCACACCUACGGUGAGGAGCUCGCGCAGAACAGGCGCGCCUUCGCCGCAGCGUCCCCGGCGGCCUCGCCGCCGCCGGCCAAGAAUAAUAACCCCGCCGCCUCGUCGUCGUCGCCCACGGCGGUCACGGCGCGCGAGCACCUCUUCGACAAGACGGUGACGCCGAGCGACGUGGGGAAGCUGAACCGGCUGGUGAUACCGAAGCAGCACGCGGAGAAGCACUUCCCGCUGCAGCUCCCGGCGGCCGCCGCUGCGGUCGUCGGCGGCGAGUGCAAGGGCGUGCUCCUCAACUUCGAGGACGCCACCGGGAAGGUGUGGAGGUUCCGGUACUCGUACUGGAACAGCAGCCAGAGCUACGUGCUGACCAAGGGGUGGAGCCGCUUCGUCAAGGAGAAGGGGCUCCACGCCGGCGACGCCGUCGGGUUCUACCGUUCCGCCGGCGGCAAGCAGCAGUUCUUCAUCGACUGCAAGCUCCGGCCCAAGACUACUACCACGGCAGCAUCCUUCGUCAACGCGACGACGACCACGGCCGCACCUUCCCCCGUGAAAGCGGUGAGGCUUUUUGGCGUGGACUUGCUCACGACACCGAGGCCAGGGCCAGCAGUGGUGGCGGCGCCGGAGCAGGAGGAGAUUGCCAUGGCGAACAAGAGAGCUAGGGACGCCAUCGCCGCGUGUACUCCAGUACACAUGGUUUUCAAGAAGCAAUGCAUAUACUUCGCGCUGACCUAGCUACUAUUAGCUAACGUUUUUGCUCUCCAACCCUCCUCGAUCGAUCUUGCUUGCUUCGCUCGGAUGACAGAUGCAUGGUGGUAUGGUAGCUAGCUAGUAGCUUGGUGCUAAGCUCUUGCAUGCUUAAACCUUCAUCUGAUCUCCUCAUCCUUGGAUUGUUCAUUUUGUUUAGUUUCUUCUUAUCUUUGUACCUGUCCUAAUCUCUCGCAUAACGAUCUAUCUGCCGUAAAUUAUUAGCUAGCUAAACAGCAUGUGUUUUUUUGAGUGGCAAGUGUAUACUAAUGAAAAAAAGAAGCCAUGGAGAUUAUUACAUGCAUGCCAUAAGAAGCAAUGUUUGGAACUCAUCUCA